AUGCAGACUCGCGGUUCAAGAAAGAGGGCAAACGCUGAACCAAUUGUUCUUAACCCUAAAAAACAGAGGGUUGUUUUGGGGGAUCUUCCCAAUCUUCAGAAUGCCACUGUUUCUGAAACUCAAUCCAAUGGAAAACUCCAAACUCGGAAGAAUUCUAAGGUCAAGAAAUCUGCAGCAACAGAUGUUUAUUCGUUUGAUAAUCCGGUUCAGAGAAAGAACAAAUCGAAGCCUGAAAUUCAACAGAUUAUCGAGCCUUAUGCAUCUGAUAUUUCCAACUAUCUUCGCAACAUGGAGAUGCAGAAAAAGAGAAGACCUAUGGUUGGGUACAUUGAGAAUGUUCAGAGAUUCAUUACUACAAACAUGAGGGGAAUAUUGGUGGAUUGGUUAGUUGAAGUUGCAGAAGAAUACAAGCUUCUUCCUCAAACUCUUCAUCUUGCCAUUUCGUACAUUGAUAGGUUCCUAUCUAUCCAUGUUGUCAACAGAUCCAAACUUCAGUUGCUCGGUGUUUCUUGCAUGCUUGUUGCCUCGAAAUAUGAAGAAAUCACUCCACCAAAGGCGGUUGAUUUCUGUCACAUCACUGAUAACACCUAUGAAUUGAAAGAGGUUAUAAAGAUGGAAGCUGAAAUACUUAAGUCACUAAACUUUGAAAUGGGCAACCCUCAUGUUAACACAUUUCUAAAUGAGUUUGUUGGGUUUGCAACUGAGAAUCAAAAGACUUCAAAAUUGCAAAUGGAGUUUCUGUGUAAUUACCUUGCUGAGCUAAGCUUGUUGGACUAUGACUGUAUACGAUUCUUGCCUUCUAUUGUUGCUGCAUCGGUUAUAUUUCUUGCCAGAUUUAUUAUUAGACCCAGUGUACAUCCUUGGACUUCAUCUCUUAGUGAAAGCUUGGGUUAUAAAUCUGCUGAGCUGGAAGAAUGUGUACUCAUUCUACAUGAUUUAUAUUUGUCAAGAAAGGCAGUGUCAUUGAAAGCUGUUAGGGAGAAAUACAAGCAACACAGGUUCAAAUACGUUGCAAACUUGCCUUCACCACCAGAGGUGCCAAAACAAUAUUUUGAAGAAGAGUGA